GAGGGCGUGGUUUUGUGAAGUCAGUUCCGGUUGGUGUAAAACCCCCGGGGCGGCGGCGAACGGGCUUCAGAUGCUUCUGGGUCGCGGUGGGAAAAGCGAUAAUUCUGUGUGUGAGCUCGAGAACCGUGCGCUAGAGCGACCCGGGAAGGGAUGGCGGCCACCGGGACCGCGGCCGCCGCGGCCACGGGCCGGCUCCUCGUUCUGCUGCUGGUCGGGCUCACGGCGCCCGUCGCGGCGCUGGCCGGCUAUGUCGAGGCUCUUGCAGCCAAUGCUGGAACAGGAUUUGCUGUUGCUGAGCCUCAAAUUGCAAUGUUUUGUGGGAAGUUAAAUAUGCAUGUGAACAUCCAGACUGGGAAAUGGGAACCUGACCCAACAGGCACCAAGAGCUGCUUUGGAACAAAAGAAGAAGUUCUUCAGUACUGUCAGGAGAUGUAUCCAGAGCUACAGAUCACAAAUGUGAUGGAAGCAAAUCAACCAGUCAGUAUUGACAACUGGUGCCGGAGGGACAAAAAGCAGUGCAAGAGUCACAUUGUUAUACCUUUCAAGUGUCUUGUGGGUGAAUUUGUAAGUGAUGUUCUGCUAGUUCCAGAAAAGUGCCAGUUUUUCCACAAAGAGCGGAUGGAGGUGUGUGAGAAUCACCAGCACUGGCACACUGUAGUGAAAGAGGCAUGUCUGACUCAGGGAAUGACCUUAUAUAGCUACGGCAUGCUGCUGCCUUGUGGGGUAGACCAGUUCCAUGGCACUGAAUAUGUGUGCUGCCCUCAGACAAAGAUUAUUGAAUCUACUGUGUCAAAAGAAGAGGAAGAGGAGGAAGAGGAAGAGGAGGAAGAUGAAGAGGAAGACUAUGAUAUAUAUAAAAGUGAAUUUCCUACUGAAGCAGAUCUGGAAGACUUCACAGAAGCAGCUGUGGACGAGGAUGACGAGGAUGAGGAAGAAGGGGAGGAAGUGGUAGAAGACCGUGAUUACUACUACGACACCUUUAAAGGAGAUGAUUACAAUGAAGAGAACCCAACUGAACCCAGCAGCAAUAGUGCUAUUUCAGACAAGGAAAUUACUCACGAUGUUAAAGCUGUCUGCUCCCAGGAGGCGAUGACGGGGCCCUGCCGGGCCGUGAUGCCUCGUUGGUACUUCGACCUCUCCAAGGGAAAGUGCGUGCGCUUUAUAUAUGGCGGCUGCGGCGGCAACAGGAACAAUUUUGAGUCUGAGGAUUAUUGUAUGGCUGUGUGUAAAACGAUGAUUCCCCCAACUCCUCUGCCAACCAAUGAUGUUGAUGUGUAUUUCGAGACCUCUGCAGAUGAUAAUGAGCAUGCUCGCUUCCAGAAGGCUAAGGAGCAGCUGGAAAUUCGUCACCGCAACCGAAUGGCCAGGGUAAAGAAGGAAUGGGAAGAGGCAGAGCUUCAAGCUAAGAAUCUCCCAAAAGCAGAGAGGCAGACUCUUAUUCAGCACUUCCAAGCUAUGGUUAAAGCUUUAGAGAAGGAAGCAGCCAGUGAGAAGCAGCAGCUGGUGGAAACCCACCUGGCCCGAGUAGAAGCCAUGCUGAAUGACCGCCGUCGCAUGGCUCUCGAGAAUUACCUGGCUGCCUUGCAGUCGGAUCCCCCACGGCCUCAUCGCAUUCUCCAGGCCUUGCGGCGUUAUGUCCGUGCUGAGAACAAAGAUCGCCUGCAUACCAUCCGUCAUUACCAGCAUGUGUUGGCUGUUGACCCAGAAAAGGCAGCCCAGAUGAAAUCCCAGGUGAUGACACAUCUCCACGUGAUUGAAGAAAGAAGGAACCAAAGCCUCUCUCUGCUCUACAAAGUACCUUAUGUGGCCCAAGAAAUUCAAGAGGAAAUUGAUGAGCUCCUCCAGGAGCAGCGCGCAGACAUGGACCAGUUCACCGCCUCCAUCUCGGAGACCCCCGUGGACGUCCGCGUGAGCUCGGAGGAGAGUGAGGAGAUCCCGCUGUUCCACCCCUUCCCAUCCUUACCUGAAAACGAAGACACUCAGCCGGAGUUGUACCACCCAAUGAAAAAAGGAUCUGGAGUGGGAGAGCAGGACCGAGCACUGAUCGGUGCUGAAGAGAAAGUGAUUAACAGUAAGAAUAAAGUGGAUGAAAACAUGGUCAUCGAUGAGACUCUGGACGUUAAGGAAAUGAUUUUCAAUGCCGAGAGAGUCGGAGGGCUGGAGGAAGAGCCGGAAUCCGUAGGACCUCUGCGGGAGGACUUCAGUCUGAGCAGCAGUGCCCUCAUUGGUCUGCUGGUCAUUGCAGUGGCCAUUGCCACGGUCAUAGUCAUCAGCCUGGUGCUGCUGAGGAAGAGGCAGUAUGGCACCAUCAGCCACGGGAUCGUGGAGGUUGACCCAAUGCUCACCCCAGAAGAGCGUCACCUGAAUAAGAUGCAGAAUCAUGGUUAUGAAAACCCAACCUACAAGUACCUAGAGCAGAUGCAGAUAUAAGUGACAGGAAGCAUGUGGCACCCCUGCUUGGAGUGGGGUGGUGCAGGUCGGCCAGAAGAGGUCCAGCGCUUUGGAUUGACUAUUGACCAGCAGUUGCUGCCAGAGGGCUUCAUCUUGCACCCUGACCUCCUGGAUUGUUAAGACUAUGAAGUACUACUGUAGAAUUGCAAUUUCCAUUCUUUUAAAUGGGUGAAAAAUGUUAAUAUAACAAUAUAUGAAAUAUAAACCUUAAAUGAGAAAAAUGAUCUAUUGCAGAUAUUUGACUGAUGUAGUUUUCUUUUUUAAAUUAAUCAGAAACCCCACUUCUAUUGUAUUGUCUCACACAUGCUCUCUGUAUAAAUGGAAAAUGUUGAUUUUCAGUGAUAGGCUGUAUAUGCAGGCUGUUUGUUCCAGUUACAUUGUAUAAGUCAGCUCUUUAGGCUCAUUCACUGCCCUGGCUUUUAUUGAAAAAAAGAAGGCAGUAUCCCUUUUUAAAUGAGCUUUCAGGAAGUUGCUGAGCAGCUAGGUGGACGAAGGAACUGUAGCUGACCACUGAAACACAUGCUGGUAAGCCCUCAAACCCAUUUUAAAGGACCAGUUCCUUGCAAGUCCAGUGUUUCCACUGCGGGGUACCUUGGUGUCUCCAUACAAUUGCUGUCACCAAGGAGAUUAAAGGCAUUUUCAUUCCAGCGUCUUUAGCGAGCCCGAUGUACACAGGUGAGGGUGUCCACUGCUGCUUUGCUUCUGAAUCCAGUUCUUCCACAGAAAUUAGCCUGUAGUUUGUAUAUGACGUUCUUCCACUUUCCGUCGUCUACUUACUGUAGCUUUUUACUGUUCACUUCCAAGCGUGUCCAAAUGUGUGGUCUCGUCCUCCACAGGCACUGACCCUCAGCCUCCCCUUGUGCCCUCACUCCUGCCUCCUCCUGCCACCAGCCUCUUCAGCAUCCACUCGGAGAAGACCACAGUAAGGAGGCAGCUGAUGGCCCAGGAGGGAACAGAGGUUUGUUUUUAUGUGAAAGGAGAAUGUUCCAGGUUGUACAUGAAAUUGAUCUGUAGACACUGUGGAAAGCUUUGAAGAUUUUUGUUUCUUUCACGAGUCUUUGUAAUGCUUGUACAGUCGGUGUUGAUGCUCACAGCCUUUUUAUUCCUUUUCUUUUUUAAUCUGAAGGUUCUGGUAACCUGUGGUGUUUUGUUUUGUUUUGUUUUUUCUAUUUUCCAGUAACCAUGGUUUUUUUCUUCUUCCCUUUGACCCUAUUCAUGUCUCUUCCCACUAUGCACAGAUUAAACUUCACCUACAAACUCCUUACUGUGAUCUGUGGAGAAUGUACAGAGUUUAAACACAUCAAUAAAUACUUUAACUUCCA